ACCUUGUGAAAGAUGCAUCUGUAUGCUACUGGGUGGGUGUGAUGAUACCCCGCCUUAGUAGGUGGCACUACAGCCAGUGCAUGCAGAGUAGCCCGCGGGUUUCGGACAGGCGAAGAAGGGUUCCACUUCCGGAAAUCAAAUCAUUCACACGAUAACAUCAACAACGUUUAAUUAGCUAUCUACCUAACGUUAAAUGUAUAGAAACUAUACACGAUUGGCUUGCCUUUUAGCUAAGAAGAGGGUAUGAAUUAACAGUUUGUGAUCGACUCUGCACCGGUCAAGCGUGAAGUGGUUGAAUGGUCAGGCUCAGCAUGUGCGCGUCUGGAAAGUACAGUUCACGGGGCCCGGCUCUGAUUCCACGGAUGAAGACUAAGCACCGCAUCUACUACAUCACCCUGUUCUCUGUGGUGCUGCUGGGACUCAUCGCCACAGGGAUGUUCCAGUUCUGGCCACACUCCAUCGAAUCAACUGCAGACUGGGGCCUGGACCGACGCAGCGUGCACGAUGCACCUCUCAUCCGACUGCCUGUCGCCAACCCUAUUCCUGAGAGAGGGGACCUUAGCUGCCGAAUGCACACUUGUUUUGAUGUGUAUCGAUGUGGCUACAACCCUAAGAAUAGAAUCAAGGUGUACAUCUAUCCUCUGCAGCGUUUUGUGGAUGAGGUAGGAGUGCCCAUCAGCAGCACAGGCCUGUCCCGAGAGUACAAUGACCUGCUCAGUGCCAUCUCCGACAGUGAGUUCUACACUGAUGACGUCACCAGGGCAUGCCUAUUCGUGCCCUCUAUUGAUGUGCUCAAUCAGAACUCUCUGCGCAUCCGGGAGACUGCCCAGGCUCUGGCCAUGCUCCCCAGGUGGGACAAAGGGAUGAACCACCUUCUGUUCAACAUGUUACCUGGAGGACCUCCAGACUACAACACAGCCCUUGAUGUACCAAGAGACAGGGCUCUGCUUGCAGGGGGAGGCUUCUCCACGUGGACCUACAGGCAGGGUUAUGACGUCAGCAUCCCUGUGUACAGCCCUCUGUCUGCAGACGUGGAGCUGCCCGAGAGACAGCCUGGGCCCCGGCGCUACUUCAUUCUGUCGUCUCAGACGGCCAUCCACCGUGAGUACCGGGCAGAGCUGGAGAGGCUGAAGGAGGAGAAUGGGGAGGCUCUGCUCCUCCUGGACAAGUGCAGCAACCUCUCUCAGGGAGUCGCCUCAGCGAGGAAACGCUGCUACAAGGGCCAGGUGUUCGACUACCCCCAGAUCCUCCAGGAGUCGUCGUUCUGUGUGGUGCUGCGCGGGGCUCGGCUGGGACAGGCCACCCUCAGUGAUGUGCUGCAGGCUGGCUGUGUCCCUGUCAUCCUAGCAGACUCAUACAUCCUGCCCUUCUCUGAGGUCCUCGACUGGAAGAGGGCAUCCGUGGUCAUUCCUGAGGAGAAGCUCCCAGAGAUGUACACCAUCUUGAAGAGUAUCCCUCACAGGCAGGUGGAGGAGAUGCAAAGACAGGCCCGCUGGUUCUGGGACGCUUACUUCAGCUCCAUGAAGGCCAUCGGCAUGACAACGCUUCAGAUCAUCAAUGACCGCAUCUACCCCUAUGCUGCCCGCACCUACGAACAGUGGAACAACCCCCCUCUGGUCAAGUGGUCGAGUGUGAACAGCCCUCUGUUCCUGCCUCUCAUCCCACCGAGGUCCCCAGGAUUCACUGCUGUGGUGCUGACCUACGACCGUAUCGAGAGCCUCUUCCGGGUCAUCACUGAGAUCUCCAAGGUUCCCAGCUUGGCCAAGCUACUAGUGGUGUGGAACAACCAGAACAAGAGUCCCCCUGAAGAUUCUCUAUGGCCGAAGAUUGCAGCGCCUCUCAAGGUGGUGCGCACCAAAGAGAACAAGCUCAGCAACCGCUUCUUCCCCUACGACGAGAUCGAGACUGAGGCCGUGCUGGCCAUCGACGAUGACAUCAUCAUGCUGACAUCUGACGAACUGCAGUUUGGCUACGAGGUGUGGAGGGAGUUCCCAGACCGGUUGGUGGGGUACCCGGGUCGGCUCCACCUGUGGGACCACGAGAUGGGGAAGUGGAAGUACGAGUCCGAGUGGACCAACGAGGUGUCUAUGGUUCUGACUGGAGCAGCCUUCUACCACAAGUACUUUAACUACCUGUACACUUACAAGAUGCCAGGAGACAUCAAGAACUGGGUGGAUGCUCAUAUGAACUGUGAGGAUAUCGCCAUGAACUUCCUGGUGGCCAACAUCACUGGCAAAGCCCCCAUAAAGGUGACCCCAAGGAAGAAGUUCAAGUGUCCUGAGUGCACAGCCAUUGACGGUCUGUCCCUGGACCAGACACACAUGGUAGAGAGAUCGGAGUGCAUCAACAAGUUUGCGUCGGUGUUCGGCACCAUGCCCCUGAAGGUAGUGGAACACCGUGCAGACCCAGUCCUCUACAAGGACGACUUCCCAGAGAAGCUCAAGAGUUUCCCCAACAUCGGCAGUCUCUGACCGGACAGGGCUGUGGCCCAGCAACCCCCAGACACCCAUACAUACCCCGCAUCUUCUAGUUCACGGGAGACAUAAACUCUUCUAUCUCUGUCCAUAUAGAACUAUCUGAAGGUUGUUGUUGAUCUCUGUAGGGUGGUGUGGGGUUGGGCGCCUGUAUUGUUUCCUUUCCUAAAUGCUGGUUUGAAGUGGUGAGAGUUGAGGUGUGUGCUCAUUGGUUGACUAGACAGAAUCCACUGUGCGCUGAUGAAUCCACUGUGCGACAGAGAUGACUAGUCUGUGUAUGUCCACUGCUGCUGUAUUCGAGUCAGAGGCCCCGUGGGCUCUCUGGCUGAUCUGGGAUCAGUGUAUAUAAAUCACAGCAGUGCUACAUUUUAAUGUAGCAUGGUGAGUCAGGACCGCUGUCUGCCAAGCACAGGGUGAGGGGAUGUGUAAUAUGUUGAACACCCGUAGAGAUAAUAUAUCCCAUGUCAUUUAUCUCAAACUGAUGAAUUUUUAAAUGAUAAAUUUGAUGAAUUUUUAAAUGAUAAAUAAACAUGGAAAAACAAGGUAGUUUAAGAGGGUGCUUCUCGACAAAGGUCAUUUCAUGGCAUGAGCAAUUUUUAUUUGUUUAGUGUGAGCACUGCAGAGGUGUAUGGUCAGCUUUCUCUGCAUAGAGGAUAUAUCGCAAAUAAUAUGUACACUAUAUAUUUACUGCCAAUUGUUCUACUGCUAACACUUUUCAAAAGAAUGACCGGUAUCUGGACAUUUUAAUGACUUUUUUUUAAAAGUGUUGUGCUGCAUAAUAUAUAAACUAUUGCAGUAACAUCUAGUCUCGUAUAGUAGGGAAGCUACUGUAAUUGAUGCGGUGACAUUGGACUGUCUGCUUCAUGGAGAUGUAGGCACCAGGUUGUACAACUCCCCAAUUCUGAAGUCCUUUUGUUUUAGUCUUCUGUUAGUCUGUGUAGGCUUGAUCAUCUCUCUAAAGGAAUGUCCUAAGCAUUUCAGAUUCAAGUCAGCACACUUUUUAAGAUGUCAAUAUUGCCUUUGUUUUUGUUUUUUUACUUUCGUAAGGAUCGUUUGUGAUAAAUGUGUCUCUAAAUAUAUUGACUUUGUAAAGAAAUUGGAAGAAAUACAUGCUAAAUAAAGAUGUUUUUCAUGGCCA